CGUCUAGAGAGCGAGAGGCGCGUUUACAGGGACGCGGGCGGUGUGUUCGGCUCUCCGAGUGUCCAGACCACACUGUCAGCCUGAGCUGCGCCCCGGGAGAGCCGAUGAUGGCGGCGGCCGUGGAACGAGGAGGGGUCCGAGCCGCCUUCCUCAACCCAGGCGGCGGCGGCGGCGGUGGCGGCGGCGGAGGAUCAGCGCCGGCUCCCGGUUCCGCGGUGCUGGGGGCGGCGGCCGGAUCCCUGGUCCUGGGCUCGGGGGUUUCGACCACUCCGGGGGGAUCCGGCCCGAUUCCUGUCCCUAUGAACCUCUUCGCAACCUGGGAAAUAGACCGCACUUCCCCGAGCUGCGUUCCACGGUUGUGCAGCCUCACCCUUAAGAAACUUGUUGUCCUGAAGGAGCUUGAUAAAGACCUCAACUCUGUGGUGAUCGCCGUUAAAAUCCAGGGUUCCAAGCGGAUAUUGCGAUCCAAUGAAUACGUGCUCCCGCCCGGUGGCCUGAUGGAGACAGACUUGGAGCUUACCUUCUCACUGCAGUAUCCGCACUUCCUCAAGAGGGAUGCUAACAGGCUGCAGAUAAUGCUGCAGAGGAGGAAGAGGUAUAAGAACCGCACCAUUCUGGGCUAUAAGACGCUGGCAGUUGGGGUCAUCAACAUGGCAGAGGUUAUGCAGCACCCGACCGACGGAGGCCAGAUCCUGGGUCUCCAUAGCAAUGUGAAGGAGGCUCCAGUGCGUGCAGCGGAGGUCAGCGUGCACUCGCUAUCCAGCCAGCCAAUCGACCACGAGGACGGCAGCGUACAGACGGGCCCCAAGACCAAGGCCUCAGACCGAUCUCCAGACAUCGACAACUACUCUGAGGAUGAGGACGACAGCUACUCCUCGGAGCAAGAGGCCAGUGACGAUGCAGUUCAUGGCCAGGACCUGUAUGACGAAGAUGAUGAGGUCAGGAAGCCCAAGAAGUCCCGGAGGAAAAUGAUCAGGACCACCUCCAUGACGCGGCAACCCAACUUCAAGCAGAAGUUUGUGGCCUUAUUGAAGAGGUUUAAGGUGACGGAUGAGGUUCUGGAUUCAGACCCAGUGGACCAGACCCAGGAGGUGGAGGAGGAUCUGGACUUACUUUAUGACAGCCUGGAGGUGUACAACCAGAGUGACAGUGGCCCAGAGAUGGAGGACAACGAGAGCGUGUUGAGCACCCCCAAACCCAAACUCAGGCCGUUUUUUGAAGGGAUGUCCCACUCGAGCUCCCAGACAGAGAUCGGAAGCCUGCACAGCCAGAAGAGCCAGCCGAGGGAAGCCAGCAGUGCGAGUCGAGACCUCCUAUCUCCUGAAACAUGCAAAGCGACAGUGCCCAGAUACCAAAAUGAUGCUGCUGCAGAGACGACUACAGGGGAUACCGAGAGCGAGGAGGUGGGAACUGGGACUGGAGACACCAGUGGUGGCUUGGAAGCCAGUACUGACAAAACCAGCUCAAUUGGCAAGCUCUGCAAGACAGAGUCGCAGACCCAUAUGUCACCUAGCAAAGUAGAGAACAAGGUGCAGCGGCGACCAAGGAGUACCUCCAUGAAGGAUCGUCAGAACUCCAAAGCCCAGAGUGACCGUACUAGCAGCAUCGACAGCGAGACCUCACCGGACUCCCGGCUCACAGCUCAGAUCCCCAGGAAGUCAGUGUAUGACCAGCUGAACCAGAUCUUGAUUUCAGAUGAGCAACUGCCAGAGAACAUCAUCCUUGUCAACACCACAGACUGGCAGGGGCAGUAUCUGGCAGAGAUCCUUCAUGAGCAGAACCAGCCUAUUGUGUCCACCUGCUCUGCCGCCGACGUGCAGGCUGCCUUCAACACCAUCGUCAUCCGGAUCCAGAGAUUCUGCAACUGCAAUGCCCAAACGCCUCCCACCAUUAAGGUGGCCGUGGCAGGGGACCAGAGCUACCUCAGCACCAUUCUAAGGUUCUUUGUGGAGCAGCUGGCUAACAAGACACCUGACUGGUUGACUUACAUUCGCUUCUUGGUCAUCCCCAUUGGUUCUCAUCCCCUGGCAAAGUACAUGGCAUCCUUUGACAGCAGGUUCAACAACACCUUCAUGGAUGUUGGAUGGAGGGAGUUGUUCGGUCGGACUGAGCCCCCACUCUCAGACAACAUUGAUGUGACAGGGAGAGUGGCACAGUACCUGGCUGGGGCGAAUGUGUCCCAUCAAUUCCCGAUCUCAGAGGCUAUGCUCACCUAUAAGCAGAAGAGGAAGAGAAGUUUAUAUUUUGAUUUUUACAUCAGCCCUGAUGAAGACUCCUGCCAGAAGUUUGUGCCAUUUGUUGGGGUUGUGAAAGUGGGCAUUGUUGAGCACAGUCUCUCCACCUCAGUGGAUUCCGACGACGCGAUGGUCGGAAGCCUGAAUACGCUGGUCUCUCCGCCCCCCCAGACAGGGGCAUCAUAUGGGAAGGAUAUGACAUGUACCCCUCCAUCCUCCCCUUCUGUCUCUGCCGCACUCUCUGGAGCUGGAUCUCCAGGUUCGAGCAGCGAGGUCAUGGGUCUCCAGGUGGACUACUGGACGUGGCAUGGCCAGGAGAAGAAACGUGAGGGAGAGAAGCGAGACAUAGGCAUCAAGAACACGCUGAAGAGCAACUUCCGCUCGCUGCAGGUCAGCCGUAUUCCCAGCGGGGGCGAGCUCACACCCCCACCCUGUAUGUCCAUGACUGUAGUCAUGAAGGAGAAGAACAAAAAAGUUAUGUUUCUCAGUAAGAAGCCCAAGGAAAAGGAGCUGGACUCCAAAAGCCAGGUGAUCGAUGGGAUCAGCAGGUUAAUCUGCACUGCCAAACACCAGCACACCAUGCUAAGAGUGUCCAUCGACGGAGUGGAAUGGAACGACGUCAAGUUUUUCCAGCUGGCUGCCCAAUGGCCAACCCAUGUGAAGCACUUCCCUGUGGGGAUCUUUGGUUAUUCCAAGCCCGCAUGACAUCCACCACCAUCGCAAAAGUUUCUCCUGUGCUGAUAUUUUUCAAAAGAGGCGAGGAAAAAUGAACCAAGCAAAAUCAUGAUCGAUUUCCUGUGGAAAUUAUAUUGUCUGAAACCCAAUCUUAUUAACACUUUUUUAAUGUUGCUAUUGUGUUGUUUUUUUUUUUUUUUUUUUUUUUUUUACACCAGCAGAAGUUACAAUGAACCUUUUGUGACAAUUUUGCUGCCGCUGGAAUUUGUUUUGAGGCUGGGAAAAAAAGGAGACGUCAUUUUUCAAUAACAGCCAUGUUUGCACUUUGUCAUUAUCUUUUUAUUAUUUCUGUGAAAUCCAACAUGGAUAGCUGUUAUAUAACCAUGUGUAACGUACUGCUACGGAGGGUGGUGUUACAGGGUUUCAGCAGCAGCAUUUUAGAUACUCAAACAAUCGCUUUCAGUGCUCAUACACAUAGUAAUAGUUUUUCAUGAUUGUUUAUGACCAUUUUUGCAUGUUGUGUUGAUGACUGAGGGAUUGAAGUGAUGGCACACUCUGAAACUGAUUGAAAAUAAUGGUACUAGUGAUCGAAAUAACGGUACACCCUUUAAGUGAUACGGCUGUAUCUGGCUUGGACGUCGUCGCUUGGGCAGGAUGGAGGAUUAAAAUAGCAUGUUUUUCUAACACAGAAUUAGAAAUAUCGGCCAGUUUAAGCAAAACCCAAACAAGCAAAACAAACAAGGUGAACGUGGCAGUAAAAAAACAUCGUGCUUCAGACCAGCUGUCACUUUCAGGGCCUUGAUUGUUCAAGAAUGGCCAGCAGUUGUUCAUUAACCAGAACUGGCGGGGAUGGGACCUGGGAGCUGUCCGUCAAGUUCAGCCACACCCCAGCUAUGGUUCCAUGUGCUACUAGCCACUAGCUCAUGGUAGUAAACAUUUAUAGCCAUCUGUUUGUGUUAUUUACAUAGCGUUUUCAAGGAAACUGACACUGUGGAAACAGUUGCUUUUAAUGCAACAGAAAUCAACAGACUGCCACGUGUUGCUGUUAUUUCAAUCAGGCAAUAGUCACUUACUUAAACUGCUAAUCUCUCAAUAUGUCAAGCAGGCCUGUCAUUUAACAAGCGGUGUAUUGUCUUUGAAUACUCAAAACACUAGUCGUGGAAUACUGCUGCUUUUUGUUUUUUUGGUGCAAGCUGAGAAGAGUGCUGCUCUGGCAUUUGCCUGUCCAAGUACCUAAUAGAUGCGCUGUUGGUCUCUUUUUGUGUGCUCACGUGAUGUUAGCCUUCUUUACUCUUAAUAAGCAAACUUGCCUUUUAUUUUUAUAGUACACUGUGCAUCAGAAGCAAAAAAAUACAACUAACUAUCUUAGUGACUGAAUGCAGUUAGCAGGGUAUUAAGUGGGGUAAAAGGAAACAUGGACUUAGAGUAGCAGUGAGUCAAAAUGAUGGCCUUAUGGGAAUUGUGGUUUUUUGGCAGUGUUGCAAGAUAUCCAGGGAUCCUUUGACUUUUUUGGGUCUCUCUGUCAUGCCUGAGACUGUUCUCAGCAGAAGAAAAACGAUUUCUCCACUUGAGGGCUCGAAAUGCUCUUUUCUCGAUGUCAGUCACUCUUUCCGCUCAACUGUUUUCUUGCAGCUGAGCGCCAGUGUGGCAGGUCAUGCCACAUGUAGGUCUUCACAUAUGUUUUGUGACUGCCAAGCCCCUGCUUCAUACACUGGGUGGUUUCUCAACUGAAGCCAUCAAAAUAGUUAAAUUCCAUCUUAGUUAUUUCUCUGUGCGGUUCUCACAUUCUAGUAUAUCAUCCGAAUCAUCAUGAAUAACCUGAUCCUAGAGGAGAGGACUUGCCUGAUAGUGAUUAUUAACCCUUGGGCUGUGAACGUGGUGGCUUCCUAUUUUUGGUGUUUGUGUACAAAAUUGCAUCGCCAACUAAAAUUGUUUAGAAAGCAAUAAAAAAAACAAAAUUAUUACUUAUUGUUUUGUUACACAUUUUAACCACCUUAAUUCCUAGCUGUUAAAACAUCUCCAACACUUUGUUUUCAAAUUUUGGGUCUAUAGACCUCUUACCUAAAAUGAUACCAUGUGUGAGUGUGUCAGCUCACACAUGGUAUCAUUUUAGGUCUCACCCAUUCAUGUCCUGUGGCCGGCCAGAUCUGACCAGACACACCACAGAUACAACCAACCAAAGUCAACAACCGCUUGUCCCGAGCCCAUCCCGGAAACACAGGACGCAAGGCUGAAGGGGGAGGGGGAACACCCUGGCCCCGCCACACUGCAGGCACCGGCCAAACCCACUGCACCACCACAUCCCCCACCACCACAGAUACAGAAUGUACAAAAUGUGAAUAAGACGUAAAAGUCAAUGAAACUGAUGAUCAUUAAUUUUAUUGGUUCAGAUGCCUAGCAUGGAGAACGUCAUGAAGCCUUAUGGUAAUCAGAUGAAUGAAACCAUAUUUACAACAGAUUAAAGUUGUUAAUGGGUCAAAUUUGACCAGAACACAACCCAAGAGUUGACAGCCGCUUAGUGCUUUUGACCUGAGAGGUGAUUUACUUUGAGUGUGAUGGGUUCUGAGGGGGGCAACCACAGCUCACUCUUUCUCUGCUACUGAUGCACAGGGAAUUAAUAUUCCCGUGGCCAAUGAGUACUUUCACUUAAAAGCAGAUCAGUAGCAUGGCUGGGAAUUUUGGGGUUUUGGAGAAAAAGGUUAUAUUGUGUUUAUUCAUAAACCAAAUAGAUACGAAUUCAAUGUAAAUGUUGAAGUCGUACACACUUGUAAAUAAAAUCUGUGGUUUUAUAUGUGGUUUAUAUAAGUAGAGUUUUCCCCCUUGUACUAUUUAGCGGCAGUGUCACUUUUCUGUCAUGAUAAAUAUUAGAAAGCUUAUAAUACAAUCAGACCUGGUGACAAUAUGUUUAACACGACUGAAUCCAGGACAGGGGUGGGGAAACGAGACAAACUAGUCAAUACUGUUAUAGUUGAGAAGUCACUAAUUUGUGUGAAAUCAAGUUGACAACUGUAACAGGUUAAUUUUUCCUAGGAAAAUGUAACCACCAUUUGUCAAAAUAAAUUUUAAAAAGUAUUUAAUUUAGCUUUAUUAACCCUUCAAUUUUUUUUUAAUUGUCUAAAUAGACGGUAUUGUUUUGGAGUAAAUUCAGAGAUUUAUAAAUAACUUUUCACCAUUGUGAUAGUAAUUUUUUGAUAUACAAUUUAAUUUUGUUUUGCACUAUUGCAAAAUGGAGACAAUUUCUCAACAAACAUGUUGGCUGCACUAUGGCUUGUACCACAUAAUGUAUUUAAUUUAAAAA